AGGAUUUGGAAAUCCCCUUCAACGUCCAUUGCUGAACAACCAUACCAACUGAAUGAGACUGAGACACCACUCUUCCUAGACGACCAUCCAAGAGGUGAUUGAGAAUUACCUGCUCCUUAUCUGUGGUGGACGCCCUUUCUGACAUCACCAGGUCUUUCAUCUGCGAAUGAAUAUACAAUCGUGCCCCAGAGUCCAAGACAUUCCUCUGAUGGGCUUUCCGAAAGGCUUCGAAGGAGGCUUUCUCGAGAAUCAAGGAGACUGAAUGUGGCUUCACGAAGAUCUGACAGAAGAUCCGGCACCUCUUUGUUCUCGAUCUCUUCGAAGUCUGCGAAGUACAACGGCGCCGUUGUCACACCACAUGAGUUCGGAAGUGGCUUGAUGAGCGAAAGAGGCUAUGACAGUGAUGCACAAUUCAUUUCCACUCCGAUUCGCAUGGUUGCGGCCAGUAUUGGGCGUAAGGGUGUACUUCCUGCGCAACCCUACCGCAACGAAGGGAACAGUCUCUUGGCAAAGGACGACAAGUGUCCGGUUUAUCAGCACACAGAAGUGUCACUCAGCUCACCAGAGCAUGAAGGCUGGAGUCCGCAGGCAAUGCAUGGCUUUUUCAUAUCCCACGAACCCAAUGUCCCAAGUCCUAAAGCCAGAGGGAGUCCUCGUCCUUCCGCGAGCCUUAACAAUGGAGCUUCUUCCGGCGAGAACAAUACGAACUGCGGCCUUGUCCCAAUUGCUUCGGCUUCAGAAGCAUCCGUGAACAUCUUCGUAGGCAAGGACAUCAUCCCUCCUACCCUCCAAGAACAACCAGGGUCUCCUGGUCGUGGCUCUAAUACCCCACUCCAUACUUUCAAUCUGGUCAGCCCGUCAACCGAGCGCUCUUCAGAACUUCUUAUCACGAGAAGAAGACAACGACAUCAAGAAUCGACCUGCGAAGACCAGUCGAUCCACCUCGCGGAUUUGGACAUCUCCAAGAUGCUUGCGUCUGCGUCAACUUCACCUGUGAUCCUAUCACCCAGUCAAUCAAGCUACGAGAACCCACACGGCAGCACCUCCGGUACUUGGGCCGCGCAAUACCAAGGCGGUCGCUUUGGUAGUCCCGCUAGGAUACUGACACCGGUCUGGGAUGGAGGAGUAUUAAAGCUGGGAGUGCAAGAUGCGAGGCAAGCGUCUUCAUGCUACUCUCCCAGGACUAGCUCUGCGUCCGCGGACGUUCCAGCGAAUUUUGAGAAGACAAAUAUGAAUAAAAACAAGAGAGAAAUCAGCUGUAGCAGGACAGCUUUCGCUGCUCUUUCCCCUAAUGCUUCAUCUCGAAGCGUAUCACUCUUGGAAAAACAUGUUCCCUCGUUGGAUUGUGGCUCUCUUGGCAAAACAGAUGCUUUGAAGAGCAGAUUUACCGAACAGUUUGAUGUGAACCGGUCCAUAACCUCCCUCGGAUCCGUCGCAAUGAGCAAUGGAGUGACGUCGCCGCGCAAAGUCAGUAUUGGAUGGAUGUCCGGAGGGCGACGUCUUGGCUAUGGAUAUACUGUGGUAGAUGGAGACAGGGACGAAACUGCUGAGAAAAAGUCCGGCAAAGCAUCGUCGACACGACGGGAGUCGCCGACCAAUCCCCACAUUGCGCAUAUUAUUGAUCGUUUGAAAGUUUCCCGCUGGUCUGGCGCAACUGCUCCCAUCAGGCCUUCAAAUGCCAGCGACUCUGUCGUCAAUUCUCGCACCUGGCGUAGGUUCGCAGAUCGAAGAAAGAAUCACGCCAACGCUCAAAUGUCUGAUAACCGAAGAGUUCUAUGGAGUCAGAAGCCUAGAAAUUGCUCGAGCGACUGUGUGAGUGAGCGUCAUGCAUUGGGGCAGUGUGCGCCAGCCUUCAAUGAGAGUCUCCGAGACAGUUCGAUGGAAUCUGCGAGAGAACUACAGUCAUCACAAAGCCUACGGAUGGAACAGCAGAAUCCAAAGCAAAAAGGACAUAGGCAUGCAAUGACAACAACCAAUCCUAGCUGUGAAUACGACAUUGGUCGGAAGACGGGAGCACAAACCAUGAAAUUGAGGUCUCCUAGUCGUAAGAGAUGCCGCGAUACUGCGAGCGAUGGUAUGUCAAUGUCUUCGUCACAGCAUACUGUGAAGGAAGAGAAUCCACGCAGUACUUCCCAAGACAAAGAAGGAUGCAUAAUAUCACAAGAUGCUCUCGAACGACCCAAUGUCCAGCACUCCCAUGCGGACAAUGAGGAACGCCUCCAAUGCGAUGACCCGGAAACAACCCUCGAUGAUUGGGCUAGCAUGUACCAAGACUGCCUCGAAUUGUAUUCUGACCCAGAGUGAAGUUCUCUGGAUGAAUGGAUGCUUAAUUUAGAUAUGGAGCGCGGAUGCGACGGGCGAGUCUGAUGGAACAUAACUUCAAAGAAUGCCUUUUUCGGUUUUCAAGGGGAGGAAUAACAUCCACGGGACCAUGCCGUUUUUUUAGUUCAGAAUGUUAUCCCUAUUAGCACAUAGAAAAUAUGAAGACUGCCAAU